ACUUGGUCCCUCCUCCACAGUAUCUGAGUUGAUGAUCUAUUUCAUACGUGCAGAAUAGAAUUAUCUAUGUUAAUUUCUCAAAGAUUUGCUUGCUUUAUUCUAUAAUUUGUGAGUUUGAGUUGAUACAAUAUACCAUAUUUGAUAAUCGUUUGCCCUAAGCCCUACGGUUUUAUCAGCACAUUAGCCAGAAUUUCAUGCUAGUAAGAUUUUCUGAAAACUUUGUGACACUGGUCACUGAAAUUACUGCAGCAGUGCAACGUAGCACAAAUGGAUGACAAUAAUAGUUAAUCCUGGUCGUUUUAGUAACAGCUCUGUGAUCUGAAUAUAUAUUACGAGACGUAUUGGAAGAUUCCGAAUUUCCGAUACACUUUAGUGGGUAUUUUCAACUACUACGGGCCAUUUUUUAAUGAAAUAAGAAGUUCAUCGAACCAGUCAAAUAAUGAGCGACUUGAAUGCUUCAACGAAUACUCCUGCAUUUACAAAGCACCCCACCUGUACGAAAAACUGGUUUCAUACAAGUGCUAAAAAAUUCGAACACGAGUUCACGUGGAUAAUUAAAGAUUUCAAGUUACAAGUACCCAACAUGCGUAAUAGUCGAUUAAAGUCGUCCGCGUUUUCAGCUGCGAAUGAUUCUCGUGAGUGGGUUUUAGAACCCUGGAUCGGCGGCCAGCCGGACUCUAUAUUUCUUAAAUUAAAAAGGAUUCCAAUUGAGACUAACUCCAGCUCAAUAUCAGGCAGUUUUAUUGCUUCACUUAUAAACUCCGAACAUCAGAAGUGCAAUAGUUUUCAAUUCCAGUUUUCUACGGGUGAUCAAAAUCAUCUCGACAACAUGUGGUGCGAACGAUUUAUUAAAUGCAGUGAUUUGACAAACGAAUUAUUACCCGAAGGCGAGUUGAGGAUUUAUUUCAAAAUUGCCUACAUUAUCGAUACAAUCACUCUCUCGAAUCAUUUUCCACUAGAAUUAGUCGAUGGAUCCAACCCCGUGCAUGACUUCGAAAAAUUAUUCAACGAUGAUGAUAGCAGCGAUGUUAUAAUCGACGUUAACGGAAAGAAAUACCCAGCUCAUAAAAUUAUCCUGGCAGCUCGUAGUCCAGUAUUCAAAGCCAUGUUCAAACACGAUAUGAAAGAAAGCCGACAAAACUGUGUUGAAAUUAAAGAUACCGACGAGAAAAUUUUCCAAGAGAUAUUGCGGUAUAUUUACACUGGGAAAGUUGAGAAUUUGAACGAUAUAGCAUUAGAAUUGGUGCUCGUUGCAGAGAAAUAUGAUCUUGCGCCUUUGAAGAAUGCAUGUUUAAGUGCACUAGGUGCAUUGCUGUCAGUGGAAACUGUGGUAAAAAUUUUGGUUCUAGCUGAUUUAAAUGACGCACAAUGUUUGAAAGCUCAAGCUAUUGAAUAUAUUCGAGCGAACUUGAUCAAAGUCAUCAAAUCAGGAGGCUGGAAUGAUUUGUACUCUAAUCAAGGUUUGAUGAAGUGUUUACUAGAUUCAGAUGAUUGAAAUAUUAUUUGGCCUCAGCCAAUAUUAUGUAUUAUGAUUAUGAAUGAUAAAAUGAAUUUUCUUUGUACGGUGCAUAAUAUACCAAGUUUUCAGUAAUUUAAUUUCUUUUUAGUUUUUAAUUGAUUAAUUAAAGUAUCAAUUAUUUUUCGACUUUUUCAACCUAUAUUAUCAUAUCUAUUUUUAUUUAUUUUUAAAAAAAAAUAGUAAUUGAGUGAUUUCAAUGCAAGUGAUAUUAAAGUGUUCAUUUUGUAUCAUCUGUAAGUAUUUUGUGUAUUCGAGUAUUUGUUUAAUAAAAGAUACUUUAAAGUUA